AUGAAGCUGCAGAUUCACUUCGGGUCAGGGACGUUCUGCGUUGACGUCGAUGACGACGACGACGACGCGGACUUCCUCGUGCCGCAGAUGGUGCGGCUCGUGCAGCUCGUCCUCCCGCACCUUUUCGUGAAGGUUUUUCUCUCACGUGAGGGCGCCGAUCUGCCGCACGUGGUAGCGCAGGCGAUAGACGAGCCGCUCGCACGCCGGCACAGCCUGCACAACGCCCUGAUGCGGACGCCAAGCCGCACCAACGCCAGCACGACGGCUGCGUCCGACGUGCAGUAUCAUGUCAUGCUGCAGGCUCAGACCAAAACGUUCGGGCCGUUGUUGAUCAUCAACAGGAAGCAGUGGAAUUUGACACGCGAGGUAGUCCUUCGUGAAGAAAAAGAACGGCAGCAGCAACAGCAAGAGUCACCUCCAUUAGCCCAGCACGACGCUGUGGGGGAGGCGGUUAUGAGCCUAGAGGUGGUCAUGCUGCAAUAUAAAGCCGACAGUGGUUUCCUCCACGUCUGCAAGUACGAUGAGCUGGCGGCAGGGUCGUCGCCGGUGUCAUCGGCGUGCCACGAGCACAGCGCGACUCACGUCGUCGGCGUCACCGACACGCGCGGCAACACACUUGGUGAGGUUCGCCUCGAACCCGAGCGGCCGCCGCUCCGGUGCAAACUCGAAGAGGCUCUGCAGAAGAUGCUGCCCGCACCGCUGCGCCCGCUGCGCAUGGCGUAUCGUGUGUAUGGUCAGCGAGAGUUGCUGCCGCUGGAGAGCGACGCAGACGUCGCCGGCCUCGUACGCGAUGUGCAGCAGUUCAGCUGCAAAAACAUUCUUAUCGUCGCUGCACUUCCGUCACGCUCCUGCGCAACACCAACGGGUGCGGCUGACGUGCGUGCUUCUGUAGAUGUCAAGGCGGCUGUGUCGAAGGCACCACCGCCACAGGUGCUCAGCGAGGAGGAGUCUGCAAAAGCGCAGCAUAAAAACGAGGAGACCCGUCAAAUGGUUGCCGCGUAUGCCCGGCUCAUGCAGGCGCUCCGCCACGGGGUCCCAGCGACGCCACGGGGAGAGCAGGCGACGACGCGGGCGACACCACCAUCGCCUUCACGCAAGAAAAGCAUCAGCAGGAGUGGUAGCGGCGGUGCUGUUGGUGAAGGGGCGGCAUGUGACUCGAGCGGUGGCGCCUACCUCCGCGUGCGCUACGAACUCGACCCGGUGGAGGUGCAUGUGACGGGGCCCAUCACAGAGAGCGAGCUGCAGCGCCUCGCCGACGCCAUUGUGGCACGCUGUGUGCGUCACAACGAUGAUGACGACAGCGGCGGCAGCAACAACAGCAGCAAGGCUACCGCUGGGAAAGAACCGCGGUUUGAGCGGGUGGCGAGCUCUAUGUACACCUUCUGCCUGCGCGACUGCGACGCCUUCGACGAUGCGCAGGUGGCGGCACUGGAGGAAUGUCUCGUCGAUGUCGUCACGAGUUUCGGAUGCCGGAGGGUGGAGGAGAACGGCCCGCUGCCGUGCGUCUGA